GCGCCUUUUCUGGUUUCUAUCCUCCAUCUCACUUAUCCAAAUUUCAACCACUCUGCGCCUCUUCUUCGCGUAAGAGGUUCCCCUGGUACUGUCGACCUUGUUGUUGUCGUACCCCCAUCCCCUUGAGACGGGUUUAUUUUUCUCAAUUUUUUCCAUUACGCCGCAGUCUUGUUCCCAGCUCAACCGCUCGGAUCACCCUCUGCGUGCUCUUUGGAAUCUCCUCUCUGGUCCUCGCACCAAAUUCAUCAUCCUUUCGCAUCAUUCCACGAGCUCAAGAGCGGCUUCCGUUGACUCGAGACAGUCGCCGCUUGUUGGUCAAGCAAAGUGUAUUCACCUUUGAAUCAUUCUUCCUCACCUGCCGGCUCGGGCGACUUUUUCAUUCACUACCUGUGUUUGUCAUCGCUUUCUGCCUCAGCCUUUUCAUCCACCACUUGACCUUCCACCUCAUUCAUCCUGAUUCAUUCGCACUCGCCCUCGAUCGAAUCUGAUGACAUCGACAUCCCAACCAAAGCCUUCGAUUCAAUCCAAACAAUCUUCUGCGACCGGAUCGAACUUGGCGACCCAAGGCCGAACCUCGCUUCCCACCGCCACCAAGGCUUUGUCCACUUCCUCAAAUGCAUCCGAGCCCCACAACAUGUCUGCAGCAGUUGGAGGCGCUCCGCCUUCUCACGGUCACAAUGACUCGGUAAAUGGAAGGCCUCAAACCAUCCCAGCUAUCCCUUCGGUCAAUGGCAAUGUUGCUGUCCCAGAGCACCUACGCAAGUCUUCCAACGCAACCUCUCCUGCCUCCACCCCCGGCUUCACAGCCAACGGCGGUGCUUCAAACCCUCCUCAAACCAAGCCACAGGUGCAAUUUGGCUCUCUCAAUGCUGCAAACGCAUCUCCAAUUCCUGCACAUGGCACCCCCAGUCAAACCCAGGCCAAUUUGAACAUCAAUCAGCUCCACGCUAGAGGCCCAUCCCCUUCAAAUUCGCCCAACCCUAUCCCCCAACCUGCUGUGGUCAGCGGUGGACGACCUCCCUCCAAUUUUCCAGGCCAGGGAGCGGGCUAUCAAUUCGGACAGUACGAUCCAAACGAUUCGAGUGGUCCUGCGAGGCCCAACUCUCAAAUGCAGUUUGGUCCGAACCAGGAGCACAUGAGACGAGGCUCAUCACAGUCCAUCCACAGCGAUGUCGGCAAUCCUGGUCUUCCCACGGGACCUACUCGUGGAGGCUUCGGCGGCCCUGCUGGUCGUGACCGUGGCUUCAAUCCCAACUUUCAACAACAGGUUCCCUACGGUUCGCCCCAGUCAUAUCGUCCCCAAGGUAAUGGCAGAGGUUUACAGGGAGGAUAUCCCGGUCGUGGCCAACAAAUCCCCUACCAAGGAUCGCCGGCUAUGAGCACGAGAAGCCCAGCACUCUCACACGUGCAGCCUGGCACACCCAACAUGGCCCCCGUACACAUGAUGCCCGGAGUGCAAGGACACGGUGGAUAUUACGCAGGCGGACCCCAACAUGUAAUCAAUCACCCUCUUCCCGUUUCGAGAGAACCCGCAAAGGAAAGAGGCAGACCUACAGGAGCUCGUGGCCGUGGCCGUGCCAGUCGUGGCACUGGUCGUGGUAGACCCUCUGGUAGAAGUGGCCCUGAUGACCGCUCUUUUUUCAGCAAAGACCCGGCCUCAAACCACUACCGCUCUGACCUUGCGGCUCUCAACACAUCUCCCCCUGUUUUUGCUGUCCCUGAUCUUUCCCCCGAGAGCGGCAAUUUUGAGCAUUUUCUGACACAACGAACACAGGGCUUCGGUUUUCCCACCCAAGCUGAUCCUAGUAUCCAAAUGAUGUACAAUCAGCAAUUCUACGGCCCAGGCGGUAUGCAGGGUGCGCAAUACCCUCCCCAGUACAUGCCACCACAACAGUCACCGAAACCCUCAUACCCGAACAACGCCUAUGCCACGAACAUGCAACCCUCCUUCAGCAAUCAAGGCGGCCCUCCUUCCAUGUCGAGACAGUCCUCCCAGAUCUCCGGACCCGAUCGACCGGGAUCUAGCGUAGGCCAGCAGCCACAUACUCCUGUGCCUUCCAAUGUCGGUCAUGCAAACAACCGUACUCCAAGCAUCUCCGCAUCGAAGCCAAGCUACACCAUUCCUCCCAAGAAGAGUGCUGCCAUCAUCAUCAAAAAUACUGCUGGCGAAGUUGUUUCUUUCAACAAGCCCCCACCGUCACCUGCUGUCUCGACGCCUGUGAUUCCUCCUCAGUCGGCCCCGACUCCUCCGAGCCGGACUGCGAGUGCCGCUGAGACCACACACAGCCGUACUGAAAGCGCGAGUGCUUCCAAAACCGCCGAAGAGGCCAAGAAGUCCAUGCAAGAGGCCAUUGCCAAGAAGAUCGCGGAAAAUGAAGCCAAGCAGAAGGCUGAGAAGGAAGCUGCCGAAAAGGUGCAAAUGGACAAAGAAAAGGCUGAUGCUGCUGCUCGUGAGGCCGAGGAGGCAAAGGCUAGGGCUUCUGCGUUAGAGAAGGAGGCCAAAGAGUCUGAAGCUCGUCAAGCAGCGGAAGCUGAAGACGCGGCCAAGAAAGCCGAACAAGAGCAGACGAAACAAGCCGCCACAGAAUCUGCCAAGCCCCAACAAGAGGAAGAGGAGAUUGAUUUCGAUGCAAUUGAACGUGAGCUCGCAGAGAAGGAAGCCGAGGAAGAACGCCGCCAGGAAGAGUACAACCGGAAGAAGGCAGCUGCUCUAGAAGCCAAACGAAAGGCUGAAAAAGAAGAAGCUGCAGCUUAUGAAGCCAACAUGAAGGAAGCGGAGCGGAAAGCCGAAGAAGAAGAGCUUGCUCGAGAAAAGGACAAGGCAGAAGGAGGCUCUACAGAUGAUGUUAGCAAGAAGCUCUUCGCUGAACUCAAGGCCAACCCCUUUGGUACUCCUGCUUCGGCCGACAGCCCUGCAGACAACACUCCCGCUGCAAGUGGAACGGCAACUCCUGUCUCGGACGCAUCUAUGCCACCUCCAGCCAAAGCCACCGGCCGACGAGCCAAGGUUGCAGACCUGACCCUCGACACCAAGAAAUCUGUCGACCCGCCCGAGCCUAGCGCCACGCUGAAGGCAUUGCAAGCAUCCAAGAAGUUGGUUGACCUUUCCAAGGUCUCAUAUCCUGCGGAUGUCGCCUCUCCAAAUCCCGCCCUCAACGCCAAUGCUCCCGCCGAUCGUCGGUUCAAGUAUGACAAGGAAUUCCUCCUUCAAUUCCAAGCUGUCUUCAAAGAGAAGCCUUCUCUUGACUGGGAUGCUCGCCUUCGGGAUGUCAUGGGUGACGGUGAUUCCGCGCGCCCAGCAGGUUCGGCGAGAACCCCCUCUGGUAUGGGCAAUCGCAGUGCCUCAAACCGUGGACCUUCAGGAAUGGGCACCUUUGGACCCAUGGGAAGCUUUGUUGGCGCUCGCCCGUCUCUACCACCCGGCUCCACCUCAGAGCAACGCUUUGCGGCCUCCAACGCAGCUAUGAGAAGUGGCGCUGUUUCCAGCAACCCGUUCGCACAAUUUGGCCGCCCCGGUCAAAUGGCUCCGCCCAUGGGCAGAACACCAUCGAACAACCCCAUGGGACCUAUCCCUGGCUCCCCCCGAGUCGGUGGCUCUAGCCGUGGUGGGUCUCGUGCUGAGAGCAAGCGCGGUAAACACUCAACUAAGCAGUUGGCCGAAGAGAACAAAGCUAUGCCGCUGACGGCUGGCAUGCAGGUGACCAAUUUGGAGAUCUCUGCUACAGGCUGGAAGCCACGUAGUAUCGGUCAACAAGGCCAAGUUGGUCCAGCUCCCGGCGGCGAUGGUCUCAUGGAACCUGAUAUGGUUCAGCGCAAGGUCAAGGCAGCUCUCAACAAGAUGACUCCCGAGAAAUUCGACAAAAUUGCCGACCAGAUUUUGGACAUCGCCGCCCAAUCCAAGCAUGAAAACGAUGGCCGGACCCUGCGUCAAGUCAUCCAACUCACAUUUGAAAAGGCGACUGACGAGGCUCACUGGGCUCCAAUGUAUGCAGCAUUUGCUCGCAAGAUGUUGGAGAGCAUGAGUCCCGAGAUCAAGGACGAGAACAUCAAGGACAAGAACGGCAAUGUCGUCACUGGUGGAAACCUAUUCCGAAAGUACCUUCUCAACCGUUGCCAAGAAGAGUUCGAGCGCGGCUGGAAGGUCAAUCUUCCACCGCGGCCAGAGGGCGUGACCGAAGAAGCAGCAUUGAUGUCGGACGAAUACUAUGUCGCCGCAGCCGCUAAGCGAAGAGGUCUUGGCCUGGUCAAGUUCAUUGGUGAACUUUUCAAGUUGUCCAUGCUGACAGAGCGCAUCAUGCAUGAGUGUGUCAAGAAGCUUGUCGAUUAUGAAGGUCUCCCCGAUGAGGCCGAGGUUGAAAGUUUGACCAGUCUGCUCAAGACCAUCGGCAAACAGCUGGAUAGCUCAGAGAGCAAGGCACAGGGUCGAAUGGAUAUCUACUUCGAACGCAUCAACCAGGUCAUCGCAAUGCCUGAUCUACCGAGUCGAUUGAGAUUCAUGCUCAUGGAUAUCGUUGAUCUGCGACGAAAGGGAUGGGUCUCGAAAGAAGACGACAAAGGUCCAAAGACCAUUACCGAGAUCCAUGAGGAGGCGCAGCGCAAAGCUCAUGAGGACGAGCUCAAACGAAUCACGAACCAGCAAAACCGUUCAGGAGGUGGCCGGAUGCCGAUGGGCCGUGGCGAUGCUCGAAGCUUCAGUCAAUACGGCCAAGUCCCUCCACCAGACAAUUCCAACCGACUUGGGACAGAUGAGUUGCGCAAGCUUGGUGCGCGCAAUAGUCGCAAUCCCAGUAGCACAGGCCCUGGGUCUUUGGGACCGCCCAGCAUGCUCGGCGCGCGGACGAAUAGUGGACGUCGUGGCCUUGGCCCUGGCACCCUCUUGAACCGAGACGACAGCAAUGCUAGCAGUAGAACGGGCACUCCUCCGGCAGGCAAGGACAAGGAGAAAAAGGAUGAGUCCAGCACAAAUGCAUUCAGGUAAGCAGGUUAUUGUCUAAGUGGAUGAGGCGAUGCUAACAUGACUUCAGUGCAUUGGCCGCGCUUGAGAACGACGCACCAGGAUCCCCACCAUCAAACCCAGCCUCCCCACCGACACAAAAAGCUCAGCCAAUCGAACGAGAACGAUCGAGAUCACCCGAAAAGACAAGCGGGUGAAGGAGAUAGAAUCGGUCACUCUGUACAACAUUAAUAUGUUUGAACCAUAAUCAUUGACUGACGGCCGCUUGUGGGGAGGUUAAGAAAGGUGCAUUGAUACCCCGGCGCGAGCCAACAUGUUAAGCAUUUCCAGCACAGCGGAAGCAUGAUCAUUUCCCGCACCACUGAAGGUGUGACGCAGCUCAUAAUGCUGUCACGGAAUGAUCGGUCCAGUUUUCUUUAAGCGCGACACAUAGAAGAUGUGUUUUGGGCCACAAGCACAUGCACAGACCGACAGUGAGCCGCGUGUUUUGCGUUUUUUCUGACGCAUGAAGCGAUCAUCAUCCUCUUCAUUUUCAUUUCGGCGUUGUCUUCUUACCAAAACCAAAAGUGCUGACGGGUUCCGGCGACAAGAAUGGAGUUUCGAUGGUUGGGGGUCGAUCUGGGGUCAUUAUCCUGACCAUCACUGGCGUGCCGCGCGCCCUGGUACUGGCAUGGGUCGUUAUGCACAGAGACGGGUGCGAUGGGAAGAGUCAUACAACAGGAGCAGCCAGUGGGGAUCAGACAGGGUAGUGGGCUCUCAUUCACGCCAGGCCGCUUCGUGGAUUGACCUUGUUCUGUCAGUUGGUGGGCGAGAUAGAUGGGCUAUGGGAAGUAGAGCCGCGUCUCAGAUGAGGUAUGGUGAGCAGGGGAGACGGGAAGAAGGGAUCGUGCACUUCUUACUGUACAUUGCUGAGAAUUUCUUUAAUAUACAAGAUUUCAGACAAA